AUGCAAAGUAGCAAUAUAUGUGCGGCCGCCGGCCUAAACAAACACGCUUCGUCCGCGGCGCAUCUCCAUCGCAAAGUGCCGUUUAGACUUUCAGUAGCCACUCGACCGCGCUCCGAUCGAACUUUCGUGUCCGUUUUAGAUUCAUGGGAUCUCAUCGUCGAAGCCUAUAUCGGAAUUCGCGCAUCGAAAAAAGCCGAAUCUAAAAUUCGUACGCGGGAGCUAUCCGGGCGCCGGACGCCAGUCGCUCGCAGUCCUUCGUCGCGAACGAAACGCUCCGCGCCCGAAUCGUUCCGAGCCCGCUACACACGUACGGAUAUGGUGCUUACGGCGUGCGUGCGCGCCUCGUCGCGGCCCUUCUGCGCCUACCAGGAAUCCGGAGAUCUCAUCAAAUCGCCUUCCCCGCCGCCCAGCCACGAUGGUUCAGCGAGCGGUGAAGGCGAACAGAGCGGAGACGAGCGCCCUCCCUCUGCCCCACAGCCUCCCCGCGGUAGAUCCCAUCCCCGCCCCCGCACACCGCACCGCGCCCCCGAUCCUGCAGCCACCGCAGCCGUUCUUAGCGCGGCGGGAGCUGGCAACGCGUUGGCACAGCUGCAACAUUUGUUGCUCACGCAGCACGGGGCACAUUCCUUGUUAUUGCAUACGCAGGUACAGCAGGCGGUGGCGCAGGCGGCGGCGCAACAGCUCCAGCAGCUGCAGGCGCGCGCGGCGGCCGGUCCUCCGCACUGCCCUCCCGCGCCCCACACUCGCUCUCCUUCGCCGCUGUCCCGCUCGCCUCCGCCCGGGGCGGGCGCUUUCCUCACGCCGCACACUCCUGGCCCGGGGCGGGCGCGGUCUCCCCACUCGCACGCACAUUCGCCGCUACAUGCGCACGCGCACAAGCCUCGCGCUCUCGACCCGGCGGACGACACUGCCGACCUAGAGGAACUAGAACACUUUGCGAAAACCUUCAAACAGCGACGGAUCAAAUUGGGUUUCACGCAGGGCGACGUCGGUCUCGCCAUGGGCAAGCUGUACGGCAACGACUUUUCACAGACGACUAUCUCGCGGUUUGAGGCGUUAAACUUAAGUUUCAAGAAUAUGUGCAAGCUGAAACCGCUGCUCCAGAAGUGGCUCGAAGACGCAGACUCGUCGCUCCCGGGCGGUGGGGGCGCCGCGCUCGGCGCGGGGCUGGCCGAGGCGGUAGGUCGGCGCCGCAAGAAGCGCACGUCCAUAGAGUCUGGCGUGCGCGUCGCCCUCGAAAAGGCCUUCCUGCACAACCCGAAACCCACCAGCGAAGAGAUUGCCGCCCUCGCCGAUUCUCUGUGCAUGGAGAAGGAGGUCGUUCGCGUAUGGUUCUGCAAUCGACGACAGAAGGAGAAGCGGAUAAACCCUCCGGCGGGCGAGGGACCGGGCGGCGCGUCGUCCCCUAGUGGCGCACUAUUGCCUGCGCUGGCGCACGGGCUGUCGCACCCGCACGGCUUGCACCUCCCCGGGCAGCACGGCCUCUCGGGUGCGCACGGUAUGCCCGGGGCACACGCAGGGUUCCCCGGCGCGUCGCUGCAGCCGCUUGCGCUUCUGGCGCGGGCGCCCCGCGACUGA